CCCCGGGAGGCUGGGCGGCACCGCGUGCCAGGAACUUUGGGCACCUCCUCUUGGGACCCUCCAGUUGGCCUUCAGGCAGAACGGUGGUCUCCCCGUCUCCAGCUCUGCGGACGCCGUUGGGCAGAGCCCAGCUUGGGGACCGAGUGUGCUGGGAGCUGCCUCCACCUGGUACAAAAGCCAGCGGUGGAGUGGCCGCUGCUAUUUUUAAGUUGCCGAACGGAACCGCUGGGGAUGAUAAGGGGACGAGAUAGAGGUUAGGCUGAGAGAGGGCCGGGUGAGGUCCAGCCAGCCUGGGCAGGCGCUGGAUGUGCCAAGUGGGGGUAGUCUGGGCUACCUGGGCACCCCUCUCCUCCCAGGCUGGCCUCGCCAUCCCAGGCCUCCUCACUACAGGUGCUGGCCUUGUGCCCCACGGUGCCUGUCUGCUGAUGUGCCUAGUUGGUGCCCACCAUGCCGCCCUACAUCUCGGCCUUCCAGGCCGCCUACAUUGGCAUCGAGGUGCUCAUUGCCCUGGUCUCUGUGCCCGGGAACGUGCUGGUGAUUUGGGCUGUGAAAGUGAACCAGGCGCUGAGAGAUGCUACGUUCUACUUCAUCGUGUCGCUGGCGGUGGCUGAUGUGGCGGUGGGGGCCCUGGUCAUCCCCCUGGCCAUCCUUAUCAACGUCGGGCCACAGACGUACUUCUAUACCUGCCUCAUGGUGGCCUGUCCCGUCCUCAUCCUCACCCAGAGCUCCAUCCUGGCCCUGCUGGCAAUUGCAGUGGACCGCUACCUCCGUGUCAAGAUCCCCCUCCGGUACAAGACGGUGGUGACCCAGCGGAGGGCUGCCGUGGCCAUCGCGGGCUGCUGGAUUCUCUCCCUUGUCGUGGGCCUCACGCCCAUGUUUGGCUGGAACAACCUUGAUAAGGUAGAGCGGGACUGGGCGGCCAACGGCAGUGAGGGGGAGCCCGUGAUCAAGUGCGAGUUCGAGAAGGUCAUCAGUAUGGAGUACAUGGUCUACUUCAACUUCUUCGUCUGGGUGCUGCCGCCGCUGCUCCUCAUGGUCCUCAUCUACCUGGAGGUCUUCUACCUGAUCAGGAAGCAGCUCAACAGGAAGGUGUCGGCUUCUUCCGGCGACCCCCAGAAGUACUACGGGAAGGAGCUGAAGAUUGCCAAGUCGCUGGCCCUCAUCCUCUUCCUCUUCGCCCUCAGCUGGCUGCCGCUGCACAUUUUGAACUGCAUCACCCUCUUCUGUCCCAGCUGCCGCAAGCCCAGCAUCCUCAUCUACAUCGCCAUCUUCCUCACACACGGGAACUCGGCCAUGAACCCCAUCGUCUACGCUUUCCGUAUCCACAAGUUCCGGGUCACCUUCCUAAAGAUCUGGAACGACCACUUCCGCUGCCGGCCCAAGCCCCCCAUGGACGAUGACGACCUCCCCGAGGAGAAGGCGGAUGACUAGACGGUCUCCUGCGCCCACCAGCCCACAUCCAGGGGCUCUCCGCCCAGCCCUCACGUCCCUUUAUUCCCACUGCUCUUCCUGAGCCUUCCCUAGCUGGGCUGUAGGGCAUGAUGGGCAUUUGAGAAGUUCCGAAAAGAUGCCACGGGGCAGGGGCCGCUCAACUAGAAGCCAACUGCCCUGCACCUUGGAGAGCUGUAGGAGGCUUAGAGGGCAGGCCCCGGGGAAAGAAUAGGGUGCACUGAGGUGACAGAGGGAUCUUGAGCACCCCCUGCUGGGCUGUCCUCUAGAAGUCCAGCACUUUCAGGCCGGGCAGGUCUUGGGGGUCCUGCGUGGCUGUGGAGGAGCCAGCCAUGCUGGGAGAAGAUGCUCAGGCUCCCACAGCCAGACAGGGGAGCCUGCUAGAGGAGAGGAGGAAACCCCCUCAAAGGGAUGGAGAGAAAUGGGGGAUGUCCUGGUUUUGGUUUUUUAAGAGAAAGUGGUUGAGGCUAGGAAGCAAGGAGCCUCUAUUGCCUCUUCCAAGGACUGGUUAUGCAGGCACUAUGAUACCUGCCCUCAUUGCCACGGUUACCCCAGGGUUAUACUGUGAGAGGCAAAAGAAAAAUAUGGGGGUCCCAAGAUCGUUUCUCACAUUCGCUUUAUUCACCACCAGCUAGUUGGGGCCCUUGGAGCCCUAUGGAAUGAGCAUGGUUGUGGGAGGUGCUGGCCGUCCCAAAACAGCCACCAGGGGGCAGCACCAAGCCCUCUGUCUUGUCCAGGGCUUCUGGGGAGCCUCCAAUGUUAUUUCUUGUCACCUGGGACCCCCCCAAAAACAUCACCAACUCUCAGUGACAGACCUGGACUCUCCUGGGUGGCACCAUCUCCGCUGCUGGGCAGAUGGAAAGGAGAGAUCCGCAGGCACACCAGCCCUUAGGAACAUUCAGCCAACUUGGGGAGGAUGGUGAGGGAACAUCAAGAGAGUCAGGCUGACUGUGGGUAUUAUGGUGUGGGAUGAGGCAGGUUGGACCAGGCCAAGGGAGACCACGCUCCAGAGCAUGGGGGCAUUGCCUCGCUGGUAUUUAGAUAUCCCAAAUGCCCUGCAGGGGAUUUAGCUCAAUUUUCAGAGGCUUUAUUAGAAGCUAUGUUGCCAAUGGAGUCCAGGUCUUGAGGAAUCUGGCUUAGAGUGAGUACAUCUAUGGUGAGCCUGGAUCCUCCGUGUGGAAGGCAGACGGCAGGGUGGGGCUCUCCAGCUGAUGGGGGCUGAGUGAGAACACUGAUUCCAGGCCUUGAUUCCAGACUUUUCCCUUUAUAAGCAGUGGGGUGUCCCAAGGGCUCCCAAGGGAGGCCCACACUACUAAUAAAAGACUGAACAGUCUUGGGGAGUGCACUAGUGACCCCACCCCCAUUACUGUCAGAGGGCAACUAGACAGCCUCAGCCGAGAAGACACAAGGGAAUGGGGCCUGGGAGAGAGGGAUGUGGAGGUAGUUCCAACAAGGAAGGUUCCAGAGAGGUUAUGUCUGUUGCUAUAGUGACACCCUUGGGACAGCAAACCCUGAAUCAGAUCCAGGCCAUUCACAAGUCUGGAAAAUGUCCUGUUGUCACUGUGAGACCCUUUCUGCUGGCGCCUUCCCGGAGGUGGCACAAACGCCUCCUUCAUAGUGACACAACCUCCCUGUGCAUGGUGACGCUUGCUGCCACAGAAGCCCCACACUGGAACACCACACACCUUUAUUUGAGUGCUGUGCACCCAGCGCACAAUUCUGCAAGGGGCGCCAGUCUCUCUGCCAUCCAGACCCCUUGUACACACGAGGCCCACGCCUGGGUUCUGAACUCUGGUCCCUGGUGAAGGGAGGCCAGCAGGUGCCAGGGGCAGUUCCAUCAGCCACUCCUCUGGAAAUGCAGGUCUUGGGGCAUUUGUGCAGCUGUAAGUGGGCCUGAGGGAUUAAACCUGGAAGAGACCAUGCUCUGAAUCGUCGUGUGACCGCUCAGCCACAUGCCAAAAGCGAUACCGAGGAGCGAGGCGAGUCGCCACCUUCAUUCCCCACUCUUUUGCAGGCCCGGGGCCCAGUGCUGAGCUCAGCCCGCUGGUGUUCAGAAACCUCCUGGUUUAUCCAGAGUGUCAGAAACGCAAAGGGAGGGAGACCGCGCAGGGUCCUUGUCUACAUUCCUAAUGAGAAACAGGUCCACCGAGAAUAUCCGUGCUUCAAGUCCGAGCUAGGACUAGACCCACGUCCUGUGAACGCCUACUGCAUCUCCCCUUAUAGGCUUCCCCCGCAUGCCUUGGCCCCAGAACAUCUUUAUGUGACGCCAUGUGCAUGCUAGUUGCCUGUGACUGCAAAAUUGGACCCAGAGCUGUCUACUGCCUUUCCUUCCUGCCACCCUUCAUUCUCUGCUCCUAGCCAACUCUCUGCUCUGGUGCUGCCCCCAAAAGCAAAAGAGGAAGUGGGUUCGGCCACUAACCUGUCUCCUCAUCCCCGGCUCUUCAGUGUGUGGCCGAAGCUGGAAGAGAGCCUGUAGGUUAGAGCUUGCGGGAAGAAGGGAGAGAAUAGCGAGGCUCAAGGUCCAGUCACUCCCCCCAAGGCCAGCCUCUCUUCUCACCACCUCCUUGUCUCCUGCAUUAAUUCUCAACUCUCCGCUUUAUCUAGUACAGCUCCAAAGACAGGGUUUUAUCUAUCUGCCACCCAUGGCAAGGCCCUAGGGAGCAAACAUCCUUAGACUCCCACCUUUGACCUCCAGCCGGCAAUCCACAGAGGCCUCCCCUAACACGUUGAUGGCUUUGCAGGUGUAGACCCCGGCAUCAAAAGGGCUGGUCUUCCGAAUCUCCAGAGUGCAGAUCCCUUGCUCAGACAUAGCACGGUACUUGGGGUCUCCCUGGAUGUUCAUCUUAUUUUUCAUCCAGAUGAUCUUGGGCUGGAGGCAUGGACAGGAAAUGAUGUGGCCGGGAACUAGCUCUCAAGGGCUGUCCUCAACCCGGCUGUCGCCACCUAUCCUUACCAGCCCACAGCCUCUCACCUUGGGUGAUGCUCGGACACUGCAGAAUAGCUGAGUGCUAUAGCCAGGGGUGGAGGUGUGGUCAGCCAGGGGCUGGGUGAACGAGGGGGCUUCGGAGAAGUCUCGCUCUGUAAACUCUCUAGGCUUGGCGGUAAUUUCUAGGUUCAGGGGAGAAUUUGAAGUUACAGAAGACUCACCUCAACCUCCAGCUUUGGGAAGCCCUGCCUGGCCAACGUGUGGAAACUUGGAGAAUGUCAGAGCCAAGGACUGCCAAGCAGAGCUGGGGCAGGGUGAGGGGUGAGCAGAGAGAAGCAUGGGCAGGAACAUGAGAGCCACAAGAGCAAUGUGGCAGACAGUGAAGAGACCAUGUGAGACCUCACUGGCUGGCUUUUCUUUUUCUUUCUUUUUUUUUUUUCCUCAAAGAAAAUGUUCUUAACUUGUGCUACUCAGGGUGAUGUUAAAGAAGAGUGUGGCUUCCGGACCCCAUGUGGACCAUGGGAGAGGGAGGGCCCGAGACAGGCGAGGAGCAGGGAGGAAGCCUGGCAUUUUAAAAAAAGGGUCAGGUGUCUGCUGGAGACAGUAAAUACCACAUCUCUCUCA